AUGAACCCCACCAAUAAUGCUAUCUGUAGUCGUCGUCUGCUGCCAGGAACGACAGCCCAUCUCCGCAAUCAUCUGGCAACCCUGCGCCAUUCAGUCUCCAUGCACGCCAAGCAGCUGGCCAGCUAUACCUCGGCAUCAUCCAGCGACAAGGAGCCAACCAUCGGCAAAAGCCAUACACGCUUCGUAAUCUAUGACACCAACCAACAGGCGCUGGUGAAUUUCCAAGCGCAAGCAUCCUUGGUAACCAUAGCCAGGUCUCCAGUGGAUCUUGCCGAGCAAUCGACAGUUAUUGUCACGGCGCUGCCAGAAUCCGCGCAUGUCAAGCAGGCAUAUCUUGGGAGCAAGGGUGUGCUUGAGGGUCUCAGGCCCGAUACGCUGUGCAUAGACUCGAGCACCAUUGAUACGACCGUAUCGAUGGAGGUUUCGCGAAAAAUCAUUGAGGCUGGGGGACGUGCUGUGGAUGCUCCGAUUUCAGGAGGGAUCAUGGGAGCCAAGGCCGGCACACUGACGUUCAUGGUGGGCAGCCAGAGUGAGGAGGACUUUGCAAGGGCACAGGUGUAUUUGGAGCGCAUGGGCAAGAACGUUGUUCGGUGCGGUGAUCUGGGCGCAGGCCAGGCUGCCAAGAUUUGCAACAAUUUGUUGUUGGCCAUUAGUAUGGUGGGGACGGCGGAGGCUAUGAAUUUGGGUGUGCGGCUUGGGUUGGAUCCCAGUGUGCUGGCGGGAAUUGUCAAUACGUCUUCAGGAAGAUGCUGGUCGUCGGAUACGGCUAAUCCGGUUCCUAAUGUGAUUGCUUCAGCGCCGAGCUCUAAUGGGUAUGAGGGUGGAUUCAAGUCGAGGUUGAUGUUGAAGGAUCUGGGCCUGGUGGCCAAUGCGGCUAAAGAAUCAAAGACGCCGUUGAUGCUCGGCGCAUUGGCUGAAAAUAUUUACCGCCAUCUCUCUAACAACUCUGAGAUGGCAGAAAAGGACUUUAGCGUGGUGUACAAGUGGUUAGGCGGCCGCAAUUAGAUCGAGAUCGCAAUAAUUGCAAAACCCAAUUUUAUAUUGAUAAAAAAAUGCGCAGUCUCUUUGAGAAAACAUAUCCACCAUUUUCAUCUCUUUUUUUGCUUCUCUCUUUUCCCUUCUUUAA